AUGAAAUUAACAUCAACAUCAAAACGAUUUAAUUUUAAUAAUGAACAUAAUUUAUUUCGUUUUAAAUCAUUGAUACAAACUGAACAAAAAUUUUCAAUUGUAAAUAAUUCAUCGAUAACACUUAAUCAUAUUGAUGUUGAAGCUGAAGUAAUUAUUGAUAAAAAUUUUCAUAAACAAAUUCAAGGUGUUAUUAAAAAAAGUUUACCGGCUACUAUACAUAUUGAAUUUUUAUUUCCAUCAAAUAAUAUAUUUGAAGAUGAACAAUGGAAAAUAUUAACAACUAAUAAUUUAAAUAAUCAAAUAUUAAAAGGAUUAAUUCCGUUUAAAAUUCAUGAUGAACAAAUUAUUCCAUCUGGUCAAAUAUUUAUUGGUUUAGCAACACAUCAAUCAACAGGUAUAGGUAUGCAUGUAUUUAGUCAUUUAAUUCCAACGAUUGAACGUGAAAAUAUUGAUUUACAAGAUCCAUAUAUAUCUAUUUGGAAUGAACAACUUUUAGCAUCCAUAGGAAAAAUUGUUCGAAUUAUUUAUGAUCAAACAAUUCAUGAUACAAUUAAUAAUAUUUCACAAAAAUCAAAUCAACAAAUCAAUGCUAUUCUAUCUCCUUAUGCAUUUCAAACAUCAGUACCAAAUAAAGAUAUUGGACGUAUUUUACUUGAUGGAUUCUUCUCGUCGGAUAAAGAUAUUCUUGUUCCUGUAAAACGAUCUCCAUCUGAUCAACAUCUUUCAUUGAUUUCAUCUACAGAAGCUUUUCUUACAACUUCUAAAUAUAUUCAAUCAUUUCUUCCGGUACCACUUGUACCAUUCGAUAUUGGACAAAAUGACUUUCUUAAAAUAUUAAAAAAACAUCAAUGGAUUGAAGAAAUUGAUCAUGAUACAAUUUUAGUAAAAGUUCAAGAAUCUAUUCUACAAUUUGAUGAAUUUAUUGGAUUACUUCGUUGGUUAUGUAGUUAUGAUGUUAAUAAUAAAUCUUAUAUUAAACAAAUUUUAUUAAAAAUACGUUACCGUGAAACUCAUCAAUCAUCUAUUAUUAAAUUAGAAAAAAUUGAAUUUUAUGAUACAUUAAAUUUAUUAUCAUUACCUCUUCCAUCAAAUGUAUUACCAUCAAAUAUUGUCAAUCAUAUAUCUCGAGAUGAUUUACAAAAACGUUUAUCAUUAUCAGUAAUUUCUGUAAAAAAUUUAUUUGAAUUUUAUCUUAUGAACGAUCAACAAUAUCUUUUUCAAAAUGAAAAUACAUCUCGAAUUAUUCUUAGUUUUAUGUCUCAACGUUGGAAUCAAUUUAAUCAAACAGAAUCAAAUAAAAUAAAAAAUAUAUUAUCAAAUCUAAAAUGUAUUCCAACAAAUCAUGGAAUGAAAUCACCUAAUGAAUCCUAUAUUCGUCCACCAUAUUUAUCUGAUAAUUUACCAAUAAUUACACUUUAUAUUCCACAAAUUUCAACUGAUGAUAAUCAUCAGAAAGAUAAACAAGAAUUAAUUAAUUAUCCAGUAUCAACUGAAUUUCUUAAAUCAAUUGGAUGUCGAGCAAUUCAUGUUCCAACAUCAACAAAUAAUUUAACGAUUCAAUCGAAUAAUUCAUCCGAUGAUUCACAAACACUUGAAAAUUUUAUUCAAAAUUUAUUACAACAACGUAAAAAUAUGAGUGACAAUGAUCUUCAUGCAUUAAAACAUAAUCCAUGUAUUAUAGGAACAACAUUAGAAACGAAUAAUAAUGAAAUAAAACGUAAAUAUAAACCAUGUGAUCUUCAUUUUCCAUCAGUAGCUAAUCGUCUUCAAUGGAAUCAAUUACCAAUUAUAGAUUGGUUAGAUAUAAAUCCACGUUCACAAGAAUAUUCUUUUCUUAAAGAACUUGGCGUACGAGAAGUACCUGAUUUACAUAAAUUAAUUUCUCGAAUUGAUCAAGAACAUAAUCAAGGAUCAAAACUAAGAGCAGAAUAUAAAUUACCACAUGCACUUAUUUUUUUUGCCGAAAAUUUUCAACAAUAUUAUUCUAAAUGGACAAAUGCAAAUAUUAAAAUACUUUUUCUUCCAUCAUCAUCUCCUUUUGAUUUAAAUCAAUCAACAGAAGUUAUAUUAACAACACCUGAUAGUGUUUUUAAAGAACCAGGACCAUUAUGUCCAUCUUUACUUCCUGAUGUACUUCGAUGUUUUUCACAAUAUUUUGAUAUUGGAUUACUUGGUGUCAAAUAUCGUCCUCUACUAUCUAUAGCUUUUGAUAUAUUAAUGGAAAGAAGAAAUCAAUUAUUGACUGUUGAAUCUGCUUCAAUCUAUUUUUCUUAUUUGAAUAAAUUAGAUGGUCUUAAUAGAACAUUUAUUCAAAAAAUUUCUAAUAGAGCAUUCAUUCCUUUACCAGGAAGUAAUAUGUAUGUUAAACCAUCUCAAGUAUUUAUUCGAUCAAAACCUAUGUCAAUUAGUGAAACAUCUUCAGAUAAAGAUGUCAAUGUUAUAGAUGAUAUGGCAACACGUGGUCUUAUUGAUUACAUAGAUUAUGGUCCUACAGCUAAUUCAUUUCUUCUUAGUAUUGGAGUUCUUUCUUAUCCAUCAGCUGAAAAUCUUGCUGAUUUAUUAAUUGAACGACAAGCAUCAUAUUUUGCUCAAACAAAGGAUAAUACUAAGGAUAUAAUAACAACGAAAUUACGUAUUUAUACAAAUUGUUUAAAACAAUUAGCUGCUAUAUCAAAUAUUGCACAACAUUUAAAUGUUGAACCAUUACGUAGUCGUUUAAUUAAUAAACCAUGGUGUUUAGCUUAUCAAAUAAUUGAACGAACUGAUGGAAAUAAAGAACGAAUUUUUAAAAUUGCUAAACCAACAGAUAUUUAUUUGGAUGAUGAUCAUCAAUCUGCUAUUGAUCUUCGACCAUUAUGUGCACCUGAUGAACCAGAAUUAACUAAAUUAUAUGAAGUAUUUGGAUCAAAAUGGUUAUCUGAAUGUGUUAAACAAACUUUAGUGCAUAAAGGAAGGUUUUUUGUAACGGAAAGAAGUAAAAAAUUACAUGAUCUAAUUCAUUAUCGUUUGGAUAUGUUGUUUGUUAAUAAUAGAGGAGAACGACUGGAGAAUAUUAAUGAAAAACAUAUUGAAUUAUUACGAACAAAAUUUUUUGUUUAUGAAACUGAAGAAAUUCAAUGUCAAUUAACAUUUCAGAAUCGAACAAUCACACUAAAUUCAACUGAAUGUAGUUCAUGUGCAUUGGAACAUGAAAAAAAUAAAGUUAUUUUAUAUAUUCAAAACGAUAUUUCAACUCUCGAUUAUAUUGAUAUUGCUACUGAAUUAACACGAUUUGUUUAUAAAAAACCACUUGAUGCAUUAGUUCAUUCUAUCAGUGAUAAACUUGCUUCACCCUUAGAAACACUUAAACGACGUGGAAUUCCUGUAGAUCGAUUGUUGAAAAGUGCACAACAACAACAACUAUUACAAAAUGAACAAACAAAAGCUGAGAAGGAUGUACAAAAAUCAUCAUUACAACCAUUUGAACCGCAAGAAAAUCAUAAACUAACAGAGCAAAAUCAACAAAACGAUCAAGUACAACGAGGAUUUUUUCAAAAUUGGAAAGAUUUAUUAGUUCCUAUUCGAUAUUCUUCUUCUUCUGUUUCAAAUAAUUCUGUUGAAAAUAUUUCAAGUACAGUUGAAAAAGAUCGUAUUAAUCAUUUUGGACGAUAUAAAUCUUCUGAUGAAGCUGAUAUUAAAGCAAUGAUUCGAACAAGUCGAUCCUAUUCUUCAAUAGAAUUUAAUCAAUCAGAACAUUCUAGAAAUGAAACUAAUAAUUCAUGUGAAUUUGUUCCAGCUUCAAAUAUGAUUCGUUAUGAUCAUCUUCUUCAUGGAAUUCCUCUUUAUAUUGAUAGAAAUGUACCUAUAACAGAUACUAUGAUUGAUAAUGGUAAAGAACUUGCUUGGUUAUUAUCUGGUCUUGCAAAAGAUGUUUUUAACAUGUCUGUACAAACAAUACAUCUAUUUCGAGAUAUUGAUAGUGCUCGUAUUGCUUUCAAUGGUCAUGGUGCAUUAUUCUUUAAUCUUCGUUAUUUUGAACAAGUAUUUGCCGAUGAUCUUAAACCAUAUCUUCAUAAUCGUUCAUCAUCCAUUCCAAUUGUUCGUAAGAUAGUUAAUUUUUAUUUUAUGGUUACUUGCCAUGAAUUAUCACAUAAUAUUGAUUCAAAUCAUGAUUUAAAUUUUAUUAAUCGUCUUGAAAGAGUUUCUGUUCGAUUUAUGGAUGCAAAAGAUGCAUUUCUAUCGAAAUUUUGUUUUCGAUAA